AUAUAUGGCAAUAGAGUACAAGAACGUAUAAAACAUCACCAGAUCAAUGACAGGUUAAGUCUGUGGUAUGGAUAAUUAGAUUGAUAUUGGAUCAUUUUUUCGGAAAGGUAUUCCUGGUUUUGAAGAUGGGUAAGAACAACAGCAAACUGGAGCCAGGGACGAUCGAGGAGCUGAGUAAACAAACCGAGUUUUCAGAACAGGAGCUGCAACAAUGGUACAAAGAUUUCAUGAAUGACUUCCCGAAAGGUUAUGUAAAGCUGCACGAAUUUGAGAAGAUGUACGAGGGAUUUUUCCCUAAUGGAGAUGCAUCCAAGUUUGCCAGACACGUUUUUCACGCGUUUGAUCAAAAUGGAGAUGGGCACAUCGAUUUCAAAGAAUUUGUCUGUGGGUUGAACGCCACACUUCGGGGAACAAUAGAGCAGAAGCUCAAGUGGGCUUUCAGGGUGUACGAUAUUCACGAGGAUGGGUUUAUUUCCAAGGAUGAAAUGAAGGAUAUUAUCUCAGCUAUUCAUAAAGUGACUGGCAAUAAAAGAGACACUUGUAAAGAGAAGUCUUUACAACAGGAGAUUGAAGAAGUGUUCCAGCGGAUGGAUAAAAACGCCGACCAGAAAAUCUCCCUCAAAGAAUUCGUAGAAAACGCGGCCAAGGAUCCAGGUUUAGUAUCGUUACUUGAACUACAUCAGACUACUGACAAGUGUUCCAAAUAAGGAAGAGGAGAACAGUAC